GCCACACUAACACGCGCUUGUUUUUUUUUUUGCUAACUCAACGCCGGCUUUUCGCUACCAAGAGAUUAAGAGCCACCGCUAGCAAGAUGGACCUGGUGGAGCUGCUGCAGCAGGCCCAGCGCCUGACGAACGAGACCAAGAUGGACACGGAGAUGCCGGGCGUGGAGCGGACCAUGUCGCAGGUGCUGCAGGCGACCCAGGAGCUCCACUCGCGUGUCACCCAGACGGGCACAAACGAUCUGCAGGCCCACAUACUGCUCGGCUCCAAGGGCGUGGACCUGCCCCAGCUGACCCAGAAGCUGGAGACGCUCAGCGCGCGGCAAUCCUUCGAGCCACUCGAUCCCGUGACGGACACCGAUGUGCAGGGCUAUCUGAAGAACGAGCGGGAGAACGCCAUUCUGUCGGUGAUCGACGAGACGAACCGGAGUAUCUUCGAGGCUGUGGAGCGGCAAAAGUGGCGCUGCGUCUACGCCGAGUGGGGCGAGGAGAAGGAGUCGCUGCUGAACGCCUUGGUCGGUCCCUGCCAGCAGGACUUUCCCGACGUGCAGCGCCAGCUGGUGCCCACUGCCAUGGCCGACGAGCCCACGCCCUACUCCCGCCUGAAUUUCAUCCAGCAGCUGUACGCCAAGCAGAUUGUCGCCUACAACGAAUCGCACAUCCAGGGCACGCAGCGCGCCAAUCUGGUGUCCACAUUCGCCCGCCUGGCCCACGACUCCUUCGACGAUCCGCUCGUGGCCGAGAUGUGGAGCGUGCUGGAGUUCAUGGCCGGCGUGACGCCGCUGUCGCGCAACAUCGAUCCCAUCCAGAGCCGCCAGACGGCGCCGCAGUUCGUCCAGCAGGCGCGCACCUACCUGGAGCGCCGCUACAAGACCUACAUGAACAAGGUGAUCGAGCAGAAUCUGGUGGCCGCUCGGCGGGGCGGCAUACCGGCUGUCUACAAUCUGGUGGGCUCCUACGUGGGCGUCACCUUCCAGCAGCCGCAGUCGCUCUACGGCCUGCACGACGUCAAUAACGGCCGGCCGCUGUGGCCGCUGGUCUACUACAGCCUAAGGAGCGGCGACAUGGGCGCCGCGGUGAGGUACCUCAAGGAAUCGGGCACCUGCCCCGAUCUGCUCAAGCUGAUGACGCUGCAGAAGACGGCGGCCGGCAACCGGGACACCUCCACGGCCAAGCUGGAGGGCCAACUGCGGCUGGAGUACAACAACAAGUUGCAUGUCUGCACGGAUCCCUACAAGAAGGCCGUCUAUGUGAUUGUGCUGGCCUGCGAUCCGCAUGAUACGCAUGCCGAGCUGAUGCGCAGCAUCGACGACUUCCUCUGGAUGCAGCUGUCCAUUCUGCGCGGCCAGGACAAACGGGAUUACAACAUCGAGCAGCUGACCUACGGCGGCCUGCAGUCGUUGAUCCUGGAGAAGUACGGCGAGAACUACUUCAAUGCGCGCGAGAAGACGCCGCUCUACUUCCAGGUGCUGGCCCUCACCGGCCAAUUCGAGGCGGCCAUUGAGUUUUUGGCCCGCACGGAGCCGAAUCGCCCGCACGCCGUCCACAUGGCCAUCGCCCUGAACGAGCUGUGCAUGCUGGGCGCUCCCAGUUCGGCGAAGCAGCCGCUGCUCAGCUGCGAGCCCGACGAUCCGCCGCCCAUGAAGCGGCUCAAUCUGGUGCGGCUGAUCGUCAUGUACGCCAAGUGCUUCGAGCAGACGGACACCCAGCAGGCGCUGCACUACUACUACCUGCUGCGCCACUUCAAGUCCGAGGACGGCGGCAAUGCGAUGCUCAACUGCGUCAGCGAUCUGCUGGUGGAGAACUGCGACGACCAGAUGCUGCAGCUGGUUUUCGGGGUGGUCGACGAGGCCAACUCCUUCCGCUUCACGGGUGGCAUCUUUGCCGAGUUCCACACCAUGGACUAUGAUAAAUACGCUUUGGCGGGAAUGGUGGGCGACGAGCUAUCCAGGCGGAGCAACUACGAGGCGGCCAUCAAGCUGUACUUCAUCGCCGGCCAGCUGGACAAGGCGCUGCGCCUGGUGUGCUCGCUGCUCUCCCAGGUGGUCCACCAGCCGCCGCGACCGGGCAGCAUGCGCGAGCGGCUGAGCGCGGUCACCAGGCGACUGGAUGCGGCGCUGGCCGAGCGCAAGACUGACGUGGAGGCCCAUGUGAUUGUGACCUACACCGUGCUGUCGCAGGUCAUGGAGUUCUUCGAUCUCCAUCAUGCAGGCGAGUCGCGUCUGGCCUUGGAAAUCCUGGCCAACAACCGACUGGUGCCCGCCAACUCCAGCGAGGUGGACGAGUGCGUGACGAACCUGAAGCGCAUGGGUCCCGAGAUCAUCAAGGUGCUGCCCGACAUUCUGCUGGCGGCCAUGGACAUCGUGUACCAGGAGUACGUCAACCAAAGGGGCUCCAGUGGAGCGGGUUCGGUGUACGGCGAGGAUGCGAAGAGCGAGAACAAGGAGGCCGCCCUCAGGCAUUUGCGCGGCCGGGCCAAGGCGCUGACCAACAUGGCUGCCAGCGUUCCCUACCGCAUGCCCGCGACCACCAAUCAGCGACUCGUCCAGCUGGAGAUCCUGAUGCACUAAUUGUUUAAGACUUAAGAGAAACUCUUCUUAGAUAUGUGAGCUCUGAUUAUGUUUAUAAUGGCGUGUCGUACAGGCACUUGUCCAAAUGAAAUAUACUUUAAAGCACUCCAGUGUUUGGAAACCCACGAAAUGCAUGUAGAAUAAAGUUAAUUUCCCACAAGAAA